AGCGAAGGCUCUUUCAGCAACACAUCAAGACGCUAGACAAGAAAGUCGCACCUGGAAUUCAAAAGCUGACAUGGAACUCAAAAGGAAUCAAGGAGUUUUUCGUCCGUGACACGUGCAGAGAAUGCCAGGUUGUCUACGGCUUUGUCCGCCGGUUCCAGACGAACCACCAGACAAUUUUAAAUCACUGCAAGGGCAUUUCCGAGUUGCAUUUUCUUUCCAUUGAUCGGCGGAAAAUCUACGCGGAUGAAGAAUUCCGCCAGGCACAAGCCGCUAAGAAAGUCGAGAUGGAGGCAUACUUGUCUGAAGCACAUGCAGGCAUCUCUGCGGUUCUGCAGGACUCUCAGCGGCUGUUCGAGGACCAUCCUCCCGAGAUACAGCGAGAGUGGAAAAUGUAUGUUGAGAAGGUGGACAAGCGAGUGGGGGAUGCCCUGAAGAAGGCCGUGCGAACUUCGCUGCAGGAACGGGAGGCAUCUCUGCAGAGC